AUGGAACGUAUUCAAAUUCGUUUAAUUAAUGGUGAAAUACCUAACUCAGAACCUUCUCAAGUUUUUGAAAUCCCUGAAGAAACUAAUACAAAAGAAUUAAAUGCUUUAGUAAAUAAAUUAAAUAAAACAGAAGAAGAACCAUUUCCUUAUUCAUUUUAUACAGAUGGUAUUCAAAUAACUGAUAAUAUCCCUAAUAAAGGAUCAGAACAAGUUGUAACAAUUACAUAUUAUCCACAAGCAGUUUUUAGAUGUAGACCAAUUUCAAGAAGUACUCAUACUAUGACUGGACAUAGUAAUUCAAUUUUAUCAUGUAAAUUUUCACAAGAUUCAAGUAAAUUAGGUUCAUGUAGUGGAGAUCAUACAGUUAGAGUAUGGGAUUUAAAUACAUGUACUCCAAUUUGUACAUUAAAAGGACAUGGAGAUUGGGUAUUAAAUUUAGAUUGGCAUUAUGGAAAUAAAUUAAUUGCAAGUGGUGAUAAACUUGGAAAAGUAAUUGUUUGGGAAUUAAAUGAAAAUGGAACAAAUGGAAAACAACUAUGGUCAUAUUGUCAUAAAAAUUUUAUCAGUGAUAUUCAAUGGAAACCUGAAGUAUUUGGUGAUUCUGCUAUUUUUGCAUCUUCAUCACGUGAUAUGUCAAGUAAAAUUUAUGAUGCUAGAAGAGGUGAAGUUAUUCGAACACUUGGAGGACAUACUCAAGGAGUAACUAGUAUACGAUGGAGUGGAAAUGAAAAUAUAUUAUAUACAUCAUCAAGAGAUAGAUUGAUUAAUAUCUAUGAUAUGAGACAAGCAAAUCCAAUUCAUGUAUUAAAAGGUCAUUCUCAUUGGAUUAAUAGUAUUAGUACUUCUACUGAAUAUGUACUUAGACAAGGAGGUUAUGAUCCAUUAGAAAAAGAUAAAGGAAUUGAUGGUGCAAAAAAAAGAUUAAAUAAAAUAAUAGGAUGUGGUGGUGGUGAACGAUUAGUUUCUGCAAGUGAUGAUGGAACAUUAUAUAUGUGGAUGCCAUUACAAUCACAAAAACCAAUCCAUAGACUUGUUGGACAUUCAAGUCAAGUUAUGUCUUGCAAAUUCUCCCCUGAUAGUAGAAUUAUAGCAAGUACUGGAUGUGAUAAAAAUAUGAGAAUUUGGGAUGGAUUUACUGGAUCUUGUUUACAUACAUAUAGAGGACAUGUCCAAACAAUUUAUGGCUGUGCAUGGUCUCCAGAUAGUAGAAUGCUUGUAAGUGCAAGUAAAGAUAGUACAGUCAAAUUAUGGAAUGUUGUUCCAGGAUGUCGUAAAUUAAUGACAAAUCUACCAGGUCAUUUGGAUGAAGUCUUUUCUAUUGAUUGGUCACUUGAUGGUAGUUCUGUAGCAACAGCAUCUUAUGAUCAUACUAUUAAAAUCUGGAGAUAUUAA